GGAUUUGCAGGACUUAAAAUCUCCAAAUCAGAGGGAUGAAAUUGCAGGGGCCCGGGCCACACUGAAGGAGAACUCCCCGCUCUUGCAUUCAAUUUGCUCAGCUUGUUUGGAACAUUCUGAUGUUGCUUCCCUCCAAGCCAGCAAGGACACAGUUUGUGAAGAAAUUCACAAUGCCCUCAAUGUAAUUUCAAAUGCUUCACAAGGCAUCCAGAAUACGCUUGCCCUACCAGAACCUAAGGCAGCAACACUAGGAAGUGCCCUUGAUGAGCUUGAGAAUUUAAUUGUCUUGGAUCCACUCACAGUGACUGAGGAAGAAAUUAGACCAUCUCUAGAGAAACGUCUUGAAGCCAUUAUCAGUGGGGCUGCACUAUUGGCUGACUCUUCAUGCACUAGAGAUUUCCAUCGGGAACGGAUUAUUGCAGAAUGCAAUGCCAUUCGCCAGGCUCUCCAGGACCUGCUUUCAGAGUACAUGAACAAUACUGGAAAAAAGGAAAGGAGUAAUACCCUGAAUAUUGCAAUAGACAACAUGUGUAAGAAGACAAGAGACCUUCGCAGACAGCUCCGUAAGGCUAUUAUAGAUCAUGUGUCUGACUCCUUUUUGGAUACAACAGUCCCGCUUUUGGUUCUCAUUGAAGCUGCCAAGAAUGGCCGAGAAAAGGAAAUAAAAGAAUAUGCUUCAAUAUUUCGUGAACACACCAACAGGCUUAUAGAGGUUGCAAAUCUUGCUUGUUCCAUGUCAACAAAUGAAGAUGGAAUUAAAAUUGUCAGAAUUGCAGCCAAUCACCUGGAAACCUUGUGUCCACAGAUCAUUAAUGCUGCACUUGCUUUGGCGGCAAGACCCAAAAGUCAAGUGGUCAAAAAAACCAUGGAAAUGUAUAAGCACACGUGGGAGAAUCAUAUCCAUGUCCUCACCGAAGCUGUAGAUGACAUAACAAGCAUUGAUGACUUCCUUGCUGUAUCUGAGAGCCAUAUCCUUGAAGAUGUCAACAAGUGUAUCAUAGCAUUGAGAGACCAGGAUGUUGAUAAUUUAGACCGUGCUGCAGGUGCUAUCAGAGGACGGGCAGCAAGAGUUGCUCACAUUGUCACAGGUGAAAUGGACAGUUAUGAGCCAGGAGCUUACACUGAAGGUGUGAUGAGAAACGUUAACUUCCUGACAACUACUGCAAUACCUGAGUUUGUAACACAAGUGGAUGUUGCCUUAGAAGCCUUAAAUAAAAACUCUUUGGAUGUAUUUGAUGAUGAUCAAUUUGUGGACAUCUCAAAGAAGAUCUAUGAUACAAUUCAUGAUAUCAGAUGUUCGGUCAUGAUGAUUCGGACCCCAGAGGAACUGGAAGAUGUUUCUGAUUUGGAAGAGGAACAUGAGGUGCGCAGUCACACCAGCGUUCAGACCGAAGGGAAAACUGACAGGGCUAAGAUGACUCAAUUGCCUGAGGCAGAAAAGGAAAAGAUUGCUGAACAAGUUGCUGAUUUCAAGAAAGUAAAGAGUAAACUGGAUGCUGAGAUUGAGAUUUGGGAUGAUACCAGCAAUGAUAUCAUUGUUCUGGCCAAGAAGAUGUGUAUGAUUAUGAUGGAGAUGACAGACUUCACAAGGGGCAAAGGACCACUAAAGCAUACAACUGAUGUGAUCUAUGCAGCUAAAAUGAUAUCAGAAUCAGGGUCAAGGAUGGAUGUCCUUGCUCGGCAGAUUGCUAACCAGUGUCCAGAUCCGUCAUGCAAACAAGAUUUGUUGGCCUAUCUGGAGCAGAUUAAGUUUUACUCUCACCAACUGAAAAUCUGCAGUCAAGUUAAAGCUGAGAUCCAGAAUCUGGGAGGAGAGCUCAUCAUGUCUGCUUUGGACAGCGUCACCUCCCUGAUCCAAGCAGCCAAAAAUUUAAUGAAUGCUGUGGUGCAAACAGUGAAAAUGUCUUACAUUGCCUCAACGAAGAUCAUCCGAAUUCAGAGUCCUGCUGGGCCCCGGCACCCAGUUGUGAUGUGGAGAAUGAAGGCUCCUGCAAAAAAGCCCUUGAUUAAAAGAGAGAAGCCAGAGGAGACUUGUGCAGCUGUCAGACGAGGCUCAGCAAAGAAAAAAAUCCACCCAGUGCAAGUCAUGAGUGAAUUUAGAGGACGGCAUGUCUACUAAACCCACAAUUCUACACUAGUGCCUAUAUUAUAAAGUCCUGGUGAAACACAGUGUUUUAAUUUUACACUUAAUUAAUUCUGUGAGUUUACUAACUUUUAGAAUUUAAUGCACAAUUAACGUGAAACAUUGGAGGCAACAUAUAUUUGGGAUCAUGUCAUUGUCAUCUCUGUCUGGCC